GUGUACAAAGAAUUAAGAGAGUUUAUGACUAUAAAUAGUUUACAGCACCACUUAGUUAAUAUCAGUUCAACUCGGUUCUUUACACCAACUUCACAUCAAAAUAUAGGUUUCGUUUAAUUAGCAUGUGGCAACGAUUUUCAAGUGUUAUUGUCGCAGUUGCGAUAUUCGAUUUGGUGUGUGCAGGACAUAUUCCACUAGGUCAUGCCACCAGUUACACUUCUUUGGUGCAACAUGAGCAAGAGCCUCACCAUGGCCGUUACACGAGCCCAGUUAAUUAUGUGAUCUUAGGAGAUAAGCAAUAUGAACACAAUGUGCACGAACCAAAACACUAUCCAAAAUAUGCGUUCGAUUAUGGGGUUAAGGAUUCUCACACUGGCGAUAACAAGAGGCAUUGGGAACAACGUGAUGGCGGUCUCGUCAAAGGUGGUUACACACUACUUGAAGCUGAUGGCACUACUCGUGUGGUAGAAUACACAGCUGAUGAUCACAGUGGUUUCAAUGCUAUAGUGAAGAAGAUCGGACACGCGCACAACCCAAAAGUACAUUAUCAUAAGGAAGCCUACGGCUAUGACAACCACAGACCAUACCCUCAAGGGCAUUCCAGCAGCUAUGUGGAAAUCAAACAACACCAUUAA